AUGUUGGCGACGAGCGCUAAUGUCGAGCAACAGAUCGACGGGACGAGGAUUUUUGAAUACUGUCGUCACCUGGAGCGCCACGAAAUGCGACGACUCGAUGUGGAAGAGCUGCGCGACAUCGGCUCGAUCGACACCCGGGGACCGUUUUGGAGCUCUUCAGGCAUAGCCAAGAUGGUGCCUUCGAGGACGACAAAUUACGUGCCCACCAAUUAUCCUGAAGACGCAAAUGGAUUAGCGCGACUAGUCGCCGACUCUAUUCAUCAGUUCGAACAACAAAUGGUGAUCGACGCCCCGCACCGAGAGCAAAUUCUGGCAUCACGAGAAUAUAAAGAGAAGUUAGAAUCGGAGGUCGGCCCGUGGAGGGUCUUGUAUUGGCGCGGCGGUGGUUGGAAGGGAAUGACAAGCCUCGGACUCGAGCGAUUCCACCCCUGUAGUACUGUGAAGAUCCCGCACGGAUCUGUUGGGGUCUUGACUCACGUGCGGUUGCGCGCAAAUCAUUCUUGGGCAAAAGUGGAGCGGCACAUGUUGGAAAACGUGAGAGCUGCCAACUACGUAGACGAGUCUCAGAUGAGGGACUUCCACGCCCAGCAGCAGCAUUUCUCGGCAUUUCCUGCGCUUUCGACAGCGAUGGCUGCCGCCGGCCCCUCCACUUCUGGGUCAAAUAAUGGGGCCCACCCGAUGCUGCCGCCACAUGAUCUGAACGAGGGCGGCGAUAGCCGCGGCUACGGCCACUACUUCAACGCCAACCACGGUUAUGACCUCCACGACGAUUCG